AUGCGUACCUUUGAACUCCUCAGCCUACUUAUAUCAACUCUUGCCUGCGACUUUUUCGUCUGCUUCUUCGACCUUAAAGUCCUCCUUUCAUCCUCUUUCUACCCGCUGCAUCAGGCUAAUGUCUCAAUCAAACCGAGUCAAAAUGUGCGACAGAAGACGCCUCUGUCACAACAAACGAAUGAGGAUGAAGAUAAGGGUCAAUUUAAUGGCGAGUUGAAUACUGUCGUCUUGGAGCCUACGGACGAAUUCUUUCGGAUGCUUAAUCGGAAGUCUGAGGAGGAGCGGUCGGAGGAGAGUGUCUCCACCGCCAGUGAUGAAAGCUCCAGCGACGCUGUUUCUGUCGGUGAACCGUCUCCUGUCGGUUUGUUUAGACGCGUGUUAGGUUUCUCCUUUCGUGACAAAAUCUCCUGGUUGGUCGCAGUGAGCGGCCGCAGUGGCGACGUGCGCGUGAUCUUGUUUACUGUAAAGCCAAAUUUUUGUGGCGUCUACCUCGCCUGCUAUGUUGAUACCAAGUGGACACCGAUGUAG